GCCAUAUAUGUGUGUGGGCUUGGAAUUGAUUGCUAACAUGUCGUUGAGUCGUGUCUCAGGGAUACGUAAUGGACAGCUAAGGGAUUUGGCCAAGAAGGCCAGUUCGGCGGAAACGCUGCCGACACUCGUCAGAACAUCCAGCACAAGCCGCUGCUUCCACUUCCGCUACAUGGAGCUGUGCCGCGCCAAAAAUCUGGCACCAUUGCCGGAAAUACGGAACAAGUCCAAGGAGAACACCCUGCUGGAGCUCUUCGCGGACAAGCUGACUGUUAACGACUGGAUGAUGGUCAUCGAGGCGCUGCAACAUGACAUCGUCCUGCAGAGCAUGGUGCUGCACAUGCGACGCUCCUAUCCAAACAACACAAUUGAGCCCAUCGAUACGGAGAAUCGGGCCCGACUCUUCCGACAGCGUCCGGUGGUAUUCACACGCUUCAUUUUCCGCGGCCUCGUCGAGGCCAUUGCCAAUUGUGUGUCCACCAAUAAGAAUCUCACAGUGCUCAAGCUGGAGGGUCUGCCCCUUUGUAACGGCUACAUUGAGGCUAUAGCCAAGUCGCUGGCCGCCACCGAUUCCCUGGAGACCUUGAGCUUUCGCAGGUCCAGCAUUGGGGACAAGGGGUGCGAGAUGGUCUGCAACACGGCCAAGUACCUCAAUCGGAUUGCAUUCUUCGACCUCUCCGAGUGCAACAUCAGCUCAGAGGGGGCCUUCCACGUGGCCAAUAUGAUCAAGAUGCAAAAGAUAUUGCAAUACACAGAGGGAUGGGAAAAGUCUCUGCGCUACCAGACGCUCGAUGUCGGAUCCAUUUUGGGUUUGCGCACGAUCAUUCUCGCAAACAAUCCGAAUAUCGGUGACCAGGGCCUGCGAUGCAUUGCCGAGGUGCUGAAGGAGGAUGCCUGGAUAAAGAUUGUCGACAUGCAGGGCUGUGGCCUGACGGACAUUGGAGCCAAUCUCAUACUCGACUGCCUGGAUCUGAACAGUGACAUCCAGGAGUUCAAUGUACAGAACAACGAGGGGAUCAGCCACUUCCUGCAGCGUAGCAUUCGCGAGCAACUGGGCAUUCCACAAUUCGAGAAGAAGCCGGAGCCGGAAUACGAUCUCAGCUGCUUCAAGGGGCUGCAGAGCCUGCCCAAGGGCCAGCGGUUCACCAUCAGCCAGCUGCUGCAGCACAUCAAGAUCCUUGAGCAGCAGCUCUCCUUCGAACGGGUUCUACGCAAGAAGGCCGAGAGGCUGAAUGUAAAGCUCAGCAAUCAACUAAUGAGCAGUGAUGCCCACCUUACCUCCGACAAGUUCACGGAAACAUCGCCCACCCACAUGCCCAACGAACAUCUGGAAUUGACGGAAACCCACAUAGAAUCACCAACGUAUCGCUCGUCGCAUGCCAGCAAGCUGGUCAACACUUCCGUCCCCACACCCGAAACGACUCCGCGCAGCGACUUGCCGACGCUGCGAAACGAUCCGCAGGAUUCGCAAUACUCAAGCCGACUGGAAUCGGAACAAACCACCGAGGUGGAGUCAAUGGAGGUCACCCCUUGCGAGGAAGAUCAGGUGGCUAUACGGACGUUGUUGCAGGUCCGAAAGGUGCGCAGCGAGAUGAAGUACGUGGAGCGUAACGUCAAAGAUAGUAACAAGAAUCACGAGUCAAGGUCGGAUCACGAAUUCGCCAAUGAGCGCCACUACAAGCUCAACGCGAUGGUGCGAUUCGAGCAGGACAUUGGGGACAGUGUCCAGGUGGGCGUGAAUAAGCAAGGACGGGAUCGUUAUGAGGGAGGUGGAGAUGGUAGCGUUACAAACAGGUACGACAGCGCGGUGAAGGCGAAGCGCGAUGCCGAGGAAAGAAGCCGCCUUCAGAAGAGACAGGUUGGGGAUGGCACCGGCAUCUGGAACCACAAUUUUAGCGUGGUCUUGGCCAAUAAUCGCGAGGCCAAUGGAAAAUGCAUACCAAAGCGCUGCAAAGGAACGCCCGAGUACGAACAAACUGAUGAAUAUAAGCAUAGGAAGGAACUACGCGACAAAGUGGAAACGUACAUAGGGCUGCAUGGUCCUGCAGUGUCAUCAGAGACGACGGCCGAUGGCUCCACCUCGGAGCCGGAAGUACCGAAUUCCAAAAUGUUGACGUCCGAGGAGUACCCCAGCAUGGUGGUCUUCAGGCGUCGCCGACACCCUGACAUAGUCAAGAAUGAUGGAAUGUCCAAGUUGUCGCCGCGUACUGCCUACUUAAGAUUGAAGAAAAUGAAUCGGGAGGCAAGUUCUUAGCGCAGCUCUACACUAGCAAUUUUCGGAACGCCGUGCGCUAGCCCCAAAAGCGAUGAAGAGUAAAAUUUCUAGUUUUACAUGCAUACCAGUCAGGGAGCCUCCACAGCUUUGAGUGCUCCUGCUGCCACCACGAAAUGAUUAUUGAACCGACUCCUUUCUAAUUAAAGAUUUUCAAUUUGUGAUGAC